AUGGCUCCCAAGCUUAAAGUCGCAGCUAUUCAGGCUGAGCCCGUUUGGCAAGACCUCGAGGGUGGUGUCAAUAAGUCGAUUGCCCUGAUCGAGGAAGCGGCCAGUCAGGGAGCCAAUGUUAUUGGAUUCCCCGAGGUUUUCAUUCCCGGUUAUCCUUGGAGUAUAUGGGCGAGGUCUCCGACUGAAAAUGCUGGCUUCAUGGACGAGUAUUUUCGCAACUCUCUGGUAAAGGAAUCCGAUGAAAUGAAGCGGAUCUGUGCCGCUGUUAAGGAAGCCGGUGUUUUUGUCGUCCUCGGAUACAGCGAGCGGUACAAGAACACCUUGUAUAUCGCCCAGUCUUUUAUCGAUGAAAACGGUGUCAUCGUCCACCAUCGGCGCAAGAUCAAGCCCACUCAUGUUGAGCGGGCAUAUUGGGGUGACGGCCAGGGAGAAUCGCUGCAGACUGUAGCUCCCAGCUCAGCCCACCCAGACGUCAAGAUCGGCGGGCUCAACUGCUGGGAACACACCCAGGUUCUUUUACGGUACUAUGAGUACGAGCAGGACGUCGACCUGCACGUCUCCAGCUGGCCGGUCCUCUGGCCGCACCCAACUGAUAAGACAGGCGCCCAUGACCCGGACUGGCCAGGACACAUCACGGACGUGAUGAGCAUGCGCUUCUCACAGAUUGUGGCUCUUGAGGGGGCCUGCUUCGUGAUGGUCUGCACGCAGGUGGUCAGCGAGGAGGGCAAGAAGAAGUGCAGGCUCGAGGACUUUGGGUACGCGACGUGCACUCUUGGGAGCGGCGGGGGGUUCAGUAUGAUAUAUUCACCCAUGGGCGACGAGCUCGUCGAGCGUCCCCACCCCGGCAAGGAGUGCAUCCUCUAUGCCGAUGUGGACCUCGCGGAGAAGGCCAAGGCGAAGCAGAACCUCGACAUUGUUGGGCAUUACUGCCGGCCGGACCAGCUGAGUCUGCGCGUCAACAAGUACCCUGCACGACCUGUGUUUUACGCGGCUGAGCCUUGAUUGACGGGACGCUGGCGUGGCGGUAGUGUAAGAUACCUAUGUACCUAGCUUUUUUUGCUGUUUUUUU